UGCUAUACGGCGAAUCUUCCGUUUUAUCACUGACAUCCGGCGAGGUACACGGCUGGGUAUAAGAGAGAGAGAGAGAGAGAGAGAGAGAGAGACAUCAGCAUAUUCAAAAUGACGGACCCGACUCCAAAUAAAAACCGUCUCGCAGCUCUCAGCACUCCCCGAGCACUUGCGACCCCGAACCGCCGCGCCAUCAGCGCCGAGCCCUCUUCCCUCCGUCUAUCUGCUUCGGGCCGCCGAAACCCUAACACGCCGCAUGCCCGCGCCGCCAUCCGUGCUAUAGACCAGCGACGUGCAGCCCUAUUCACACCAGGACGGGUGGGACGGCGGCGCAGUGUUGCACGCGAGCGUGAGCGCGAAACGCCGCGGGAUCUCCUGCGGAAUCUUAGUCGGGUUCUCGCACCUACGUCGACGGUAGUCUCCUCGUCAUCGUCGCCCCCCCUUCGCGGCAAUGAAUCGACGUUGCAGACUCUCCUCGAGGAGGGCGACGAUGACGACGACUUUCCUAUUGAGCGUCCCCGUUUUUCGUUACCCCUAGAUCGCGACGAUGACGACGAUAGCGAGUUGAAGCCUCCCCGGUCUAGCAUACUGGACGAUGAGAACUACACAAUGCAGUCGAUCGAGCUCCCUCGCCGAGCGUGGACAGAAGCGCCACUGGGUCGCUUGGAUAGGAGUAGUUUAGGUAGUGCGAGGAUGAGUGACUUUGUCGGGCCGGAAAUAGGAGACGAUGAUGAUAAUGACGUUGGUAUCGAUUCGGGUUUCUUCCCCCCACCAGCGUUGGACGACGACACCGAAGGGAUUGGCUUAGAUGAAGAGGCUAUAUUCGAACGUGUGGAUGAAGAGAUGAGACGUCAGACUAUGGGAGGCCAGGAUGAUUUUGGUCCAAUCGAGAUCCCCGACCUCGGGAAUGAGAGUACCUUUGUCAUGGCCCCUGUGGAAUCGCCUACCCGAGACCCAACGAUGGCUGAAGACGUCGAGACCAGUGACAUACCUGGCUUCGACCACUACGAUGACGAUGACGAUGGCCUGGGAGACUUGAUAGAUGCACCUGGACUAGAUGAUGUCGAUGAUGUUGAUGACACCGAGGCGUUACAGAACACAAUCGUCUCCCGGGUCGUUGACCAUCCAGCACAAAGAAGCAUCGGGAGAAGAAAACCCGGAAAGAAAAUCUCGCGGCAUGGUAUUGAGUAUCCUUCUCUACCUGUGGGUGUAGUAAAGCGGCUGGCGACAACACUUGCCAAGACGGCAGGGGUCAGUAAGGCGAAGUUGAGUUCAGAUACGGUAGAUGCCAUUAUGCAAGCGACGGACUGGUAUUUUGAGCAGCUAGGGGACGAUUUAUCAGCCUACGCGAGACACGCAGGCCGCAAGACGAUCGAUGAGAGCGACAUGAUGAUGCUUAUGCGAAGACAACGGCAGACCAGUACCUCCGCUACACCCUUCUCCUUGGCGCAGCGGUAUCUGCCCAGAGAACUCUUACAAGAGAUGCGAAUGUCAGUCCCAGCACCGACGAAAGCUCCUCGGAAACGACAAGUCCGACAAGGGGGUGUCGAUGAAGAGGAGGAAGUUACUUGAGCUAACCCCCCCUAUCCGGGGUUCUAUUAAACGGAUGCGAUGCGCAUUCACUCGGAACUAGGGUCUACGACCAUUCCUUGUUCAUCCUCACUCGGCGUGAGAUAUCGGUGGGAGGCUUCUUCACCACCAUAUAGAACAUUAUCGACGUCGCUACUGCGAGUCCAUACCUAGGGUAUGUUUUUAGUUGGAGCGCGAGAAGAGG